AGAGCAGAGAGAAGAAGAAGAAGAAACAAACAAAACGAGUAGAAAAUAGAAAUACAAAACCAAAAACCACAAAAAAAAAACUCUCUCUCUUCUCUCCCUCUCUCUCUCUCUCUCUGUCUCCUCCCGAUUGCUUGUUACUGGUCGGCAAUGGCGUCGUCGUCGGUUUUUCUCCGUCUUCUGCUUCUGUUAUCUCUCACUGCUCUAUCGUUCGCCGACAAUUCAAAAGACUACAUCUUGGGCAAGGAUUCCACCCCCAACAAACCCUCCUGCAACAACCCUUACCUAAUGGUGAAGGUUAAAAGGUGGGUUAACGGCGACCAAGGCAAAACUGUUGAGGGGGUUGGUGCAAAAUUUGGGGCUUUGUUGCCUUCUAAACUGGAAAAAGCUGUCAAAUUUCCUGUUGUUCUCUCCAAACCCUUCAAUGGCUGCUCCAAAUCCUCUUCUCAGUUAUCUGGAGCUAUUGCCUUGUCCACACGCGGUGAUUGUGACUUCUCCGUUAAGGCACAAGUUGCACAAGCCGGAGGUGCUAAGGGGUUGUUGGUGAUGAAUAAUGAAGAAGACCUUGCCAUGAUGGGCUGUCCUGCAAACGGCACUUUGGAUGUUUCAAUAUUUGUUGCAAUGAUUCAAAAGUCAGACGGAGAACAUCUCAAGAAAUCUGUUGAAGAUGGAAAUAAAGUGGAGCUUCUAUUAUAUUCUCCCAAGCGUCCGGUGGUGGACUUUGGAGUUGCGUUUUUAUGGCUGAUGGCUGUUGGAACGAUAAAAGUGGCCUCAUAUUGGAAAACGUUUACUGUUGUCGAGCAAAAUGAUGACCCUUACAAAGAACUAGCAGAAAAGGAUUCUAUGAGAACAGCGAAAGAAGAUUCUGAGGACGAAACCAUGGUUCUUAAUGUGGCAGGUGCUGUGUGUUUUGUCAUAACAGCAUCCACUUUUCUGUUGCUACUAUACUUUUUUAUGUCUACGUGGUUUGUGUGGGUGCUGAUCGUACUUUUCUGCAUUGGCGGUAUUCAGGGAAUGCAUAAUGUUAUCUCAAGCCUGAUUUUGAGAUCAUGGAAAAGCGGUGGACGGAAGGGAAUACAUGUGCCUAUUUUUGAAGAGGUCUCUUAUCUCUCGCUUGUUAUAUUGCUCAUCUCUGUGGCAUUUGCAAUUUUCUGGUGUGUAACGCGGCGGGAAUCAUAUUCCUGGGUUGGCCAAGAUGUUCUUGGUAUCUGCUUGAUGAUAACAGUCUUGCAAAUCGCUCAAUUACCUAACAUCAAGGUUGCUACAGUACUACUAUGUUGUGCAUUUCUCUACGACAUCUUUUGGGUAUUCGUGUCACCCUUAUUCUUUAAAGACAGCGUCAUGAUUGCGGUUGCUAGAGGUGACAAUGCUGGUGGUGAAGCCCUACCAAUGCUUUUGAGAAUCCCUAAAUUUUUUGACCCCUGGGGUGGUCAGAAUAUGAUUGGCUUUGGGGACAUUCUUUUUCCGGGUUUGCUUAUUUUAUUUACUUUCAGAUUUGACAAAGAAAACAAGAAGAGUAUGAUCAAUGGGUAUUUUCUAUGGUUGCUAAUUGGCUAUGGAAUGGGGCUUUUUUUUACGUACUUGGGCUUGUACCUCAUGAAUGGCAAUGGUCAGCCUGCACUCCUCUAUCUUGUUCCAUGCACACUAGGUGUUACAGUGAUUUUGGGUUUGAUAAGAGGUGAGCUGAAAGAACUUUGGAGUUAUGGCACCGUGCCAUAUCCAACUCUGGGUGAUUCUGGACAAGACAAUAGAUCAGUGAGAGUUUGAGUGCCCAAUUGUACAUAAAAAGGAUCUCCACAAAGCUAUGGUGUAAAAAUGUUAAUUUAUAUCAUCUGUAAAGAUUCCUACUUACAUGGUCUAAAGAAUACCAGUGUGAGCUUAUACCAUUUGCACUAUUCAUUUACUCGUCAUGUGUAUUACCGAGAUGCGCUUUGAAUUCAAUGAAGCACCCAGUAUUCCCAAUAAACUUUGGAUC